AUGAAGGGGGCGACAUCCUUGCUGCUAGCCCUCCUGGGACUUGCAGCCAGAACCACCGCCGACCCAACAUGGCCUGCAGACAUCGACGAGCUCGAGGAGAUCAUGUACCAAACCACCGGUGUUCGGUCACGAAAGUUUGCCGAUUCCGUCAACCCCUGUACGCGAGAGGUCUCUGGUGCAGGUCGCAAAAACGCCGCCGAGUGGCUAAGGACCGCCUUUCACGACAUGGCUCCUGCAAACGUAUACAGGGGAACUGGCGGCAUGGAUGCAUCUUUGCAGUAUGAGCUGGGAUCGAGCGACAACACAGGUCCAGGCUUCGGCACCACCAUGACCUUCAUGGCUCCCUAUUUGACGCGCAAGAGCAGUAUGUCAGACCUCAUCGCACUUGGCGUCUACACAUCUGUGUUGUCUUGCAAGGGCCCAUCUGUUGCCAUAAGAGCCGGCCGGAUCGAUGCAACAGGACCGAACGAUUCUGGCGCCGUUCCCACACCUGGAGACUCGACUCCAGUGUUCCUGAACCGGUUUGUUCGCAUGGGUUUCUCUACAGCAGAUAUGAUACAAAUGACCGCGUGCGGUCACACCAUCGGCGGUGUUCACUCGGCGGACCAUCCCGAUAUCGUCCCUGCUGGCCAAUUCGCAAACGAAGUUGCCACCUUCGAUACCACCGAUGCCGCGUUCGAUCCCAAAGUCAUCACCGAAUAUCUCGCCGGUACCACUCAGAACCCACUGGUCAACGUUCCCGGGACCCAGAAGGGAAAGAACUCCGACUUCAGAGUCUUUAACGCCGACAAUAACGCAACCGUAAAGGCGAUGACAGACGCCACCGUCUUCAACAACGUUUGUAAAGCCAUCUUUGAGAGAAUGGUCAAUGUCGUGCCGUCCGGCGUGACUCUGAGCGACCCCAUCCAGCCCUACCAGGUUAAGCCGGUACAAAUGCAACUUGCACUCGCCGACGUAUCAACCCUGUCACUGACGGGUGUUAUCCGUGUCCGCACGACCAACUUCCCCCUUUCGAACAUCGCCAGCCUCACUAUCAACUACAAGAAUCGGAAUGGCGGUACCGUGUGUGGAUCUGGAGCUUGUGCCUUCACCAUUACCGUUUCUGGUGCUUCCACGAACUUGGAAGAGAGCUUCGCCUGGUUUACAAUUAUGCAGAAUCAACAGAAUGGAGUCAGAAUCCCGGUCUCAUCUGGUAUCUCAUCUUUCACGGUAACGAUCAAUAUGAACGAUGGUUCCACCAAAUUCUUCGACAACAAUGGCAACGGUUAUCCCAUGCAGGACGGCAUUUUCCUUCAGACUGAUCAGAGCUGUUUGACCCAGUCCAACGGCAAUGCCACUUUCGUUGCCGCCGUCCGUAACGAUCGCAUCUCACAGCCUGUGAGCGUCAACGUCUGGUACAAAACAAAGCGUACCACCAGUGUCGUGCCACUCCUGAGCAACAUAACACUGGCCAUGACUCAGGGAGCUUGUCAAGGAGGUUAUACUUUCUUCACCGUGACGACCACCAUACCGGGUGGUGUCAGUGUUGAGUCAACAAUGGAUUUAAUCAGCGGAGACAUGGUCGAUUCUUUCAAGAAGGCCAACACCGUAGGAGGAACCUGUCAGGGGUGGUCUGGAGGUACUUCUUGCAGCAGUAUCACUGUCUCAUCUGUUGUUCCGACAAGCACUGCAAGUGCCCCCAGCCACCGUGCCACCAUGGGCGGGUACAAGUUCGUUUCUUGCUGGACCGAAGCAACAAAUGGGCGGGCUCUCAAGGGCGCGGCGUUCGCUUACGACGGCAUGACUUUGAGUAGCUGCAUGGCCAACUGCACUGGAUUCGACUACUGGGGAACGGAGUACGGACGGGAGUGCUACUGCGGCAACUCCUUGGACUCUACUAGUACUUCUGCACUCUUGGUCGACUGCAAUAUGCCCUGCUCUGGAGACUCAACUCAGUACUGUGGCGCGGGCAACAGAAUCGAGCUGUAUUCGACCACCGCCACCCGUACAAGCAGCUCGACCGCGUCUGCGACUGCUACUCUCGCCCAUAUUUCCGCCGUUGGACAGUACUCUUUGGUUGGUUGCCAGACCGAGGCCAGCAAUGGCCGCGCCCUCCAAGCAACUUCGACGGCAGCCGACGACAUGACCCUGGAGAAGUGUGCUACCUACUGCUCUGGCUACACAUACUUUGGAACCGAGUACGGUCGCGAAUGCUAUUGCGGUAAUAGCCUGCAGGAUUCUAGCAAGUCUGCUCCUAUUACCGAUUGCAACAUGAAAUGUGCUGGGAACCAAAAUCAGUAUUGCGGUGACGGAAACCGUCUUGAGUUGUACAAGCUUGGAACCUCUUCGUCUUCCUCCCAUUCUUCGAUUGCCUCGGCCACGACAACCGCAUCGAGCAGCAGUUCGGGUACUUCCAGCAGCUCCUCGAGCUCCAUCACUCCCUCAAGCACCUUUAGUGCUCUCGGUCCCAGUGGAUCUUCUUCCUCUUCCAGUGCUCCGUUCACUGGAUCGUCCACCUUCAGCACCGUGGUCUCGACAAGUAGCGCCGCAUCGUCGACUCGUAUCUCCACUUCUUCCUCCUCCGCCUCAACCUUAUCAGCCCAGGCCGUGUCAAGCUCAGCCUCCAGCAGUUCAUCGAUUCCGAGCAGCAGUUUGUCUUCGACCAGGAGCCCUGUUUCUUCUACCACAACUUCAAGCGCGACCAGCACUGUCCCUACGCUUGCCCACAAAGCGACUGUGGCCGCUUACAAUUUGACGGGCUGCUGGACAGAAGGAAAUGGCGUUCGUGCGCUGAGCCAGAACAGCUAUGCCUCCCACGACAACAUGACUCUCGAAAACUGCGCCGCCUUCUGUUCAGGUUACAAGUACUUCGGGACGGAGUAUGGGGGCGAGUGUUAUUGCGGCAACUUCCUCGCUUCGAGCAGCUCAUCAGCUCCUUUGAGGGACUGCAGCAUGACUUGCACCGGAAACCAGUACGAAUACUGCGGCGCCGGCAACAGACUCACCCUUUACACCAACAACAACGACAAGUUUACUGGCCCAAGUCAACCUGCCACCGCCGGCGUCUACUCUUUCCUCGGCUGUCGGACUGAGCCAGCCCAAGGUGGCCGUGCCCUGAGUGCGAAGGCGACGGCUUCAGACAAGAUGACCAACGAGGUGUGCGCGUCGUUUUGUGAUGGCUUCGCCUACUUUGGCACAGAAUACAGCGGCGAGUGCUAUUGCGGCUCUGCCCUGCCCGACACAUCCAUUGUGGCACCUGUCAGCGAAUGCAAUAUGCUUUGCUCGGGUAGCAGCACUGAGUACUGUGGCAGUGGCAAUCGUUUGUCUGUGUACAAGAAAUGA